CAUGGGGCCCCAAAUCCAGUCAGCUCUGAAGCCUAGCUUUCCCUUUUCACCCCACCCCUCCACCCACACAGCUGAGGUCAGCCGGCCCAGCCUCUUUUGCAACCUUCCCAAGUCUGUGCAUGAGAGGGAGAGGAGGAAAAUUCAGAAGGAAGUGUCUUGGCCUCAACAAACUCUUUUUUGCUCCCAAAGCCUUUUUCCUCCGACCCGGCUGAGACUUGCUCUAAGAGGAGACCCCUGACUCGGAGAGGACUCCUGCCCGCCUUUGGAGGCUGAGUGCUAAGCAGCUACAACCGCUCUGAAGCCCCUCAUGAAUCCCCGGAAGAAGGUGGACCUGAAGCUCAUCAUCAUUGGAGCCCUGGGUGUAGGAAAGACCUCCCUCCUCCACCAAUAUGUGCACAAGACAUUUUACGAGGACUAUCAGACCACACUAGGGGCCAGCAUUCUCUCCAAGAUUAUCAUACUGGAUGACACAACUUUGAAGCUACAGCCCCGUGGGGCUGCUGCUCUUCGCUUUCAGAUUUGGGACACAGGCGGACAGGAGCGGUUCCGCUCUAUGGUGUCCACAUUCUACAAAGGCUCUGAUGGCUGCAUCCUGGCUUUUGAUGUCACCGACCUGGAGUCCUUUGAAGCCCUGGAUACCUGGCGGGGUGAUGUUCUGGCCAAAACCAUUCCAAUGGAGCAGUCCUACCCCAUGGUGGUGCUGGGCAACAAGAUUGAUCUGGCAGACCGGCAGGUGCCACGGGAGGUAGCCCAAGGCUGGUGUAAAGAGAAGGAUAUUCCCUAUUUUGAAGUCAGUGCCAAGAAUGACAUCAAUGUGGUACAAGCCUUUGAGAUGCUGGCCAGUCGGGCUCUGUCGAGGUACCGAAGCAUUAUAGAGAACUACCUCACAGACUCCAUCAAGCUCUCACCAGAAGACCAGAAGAGGAGUAAAUGCUGCUGACCUUCCAGACGCCCUCAGUUCCCCACCAGCCCCACCGCUGGCCCGAGCUCAGCCAGGAGGCCUGGCUCUCCGGCAGGGCCCUUGAUCCCCUCUCUGCUGGUCCCAGAAACAGAGGGCAGCCCUGCCUCAGGCUGAGUGCAGUGAGGACAGGCUGGCCCCUCAGGGGUCCGCAUGAAACCCAGAAUGUCACAGCCAGAUCCUGGCCCUGGAAGAGUCGACUCCCUGGCUGGCUCCAGCCUUCCUCCCGCCCACCCUCCCCAAACACACUCCUGCUCCAGAACACACGUCUCUGCAGACAGACAGGCCACUGUCUCUGGAGUCCUGUUAUAUCGUCCUGUGGACUGGCCUUCCUCACCCAGGCCACUACACACUCCAAAAUCACAGCACGGUUUUGGAUAGCUCAGCCUCCCUCAGCAACCAGGGCCAGGGAGUGAGUGUCUGGACCCCACGUGAGGGCCUGCCUCAACCCCUGGCAGCAGCUGUUCAGGCCUGGGACACCCCUCAGCCCCCUCCAGAGUACAGGACUGAGGGAGCCCAGGAAAAGCCACCGGGGACUGGUUCACUCCCCCUUGCUGGAUGCUCAGGCAGCGCCUGUAAAUCUCUCUGAGCCUCAGCUUGUUCAUCUGUCAAAUGGGGGUGAUGUGUGCCCUGCCCACACCAAGAGUAUGGUUUUGAGGACCAGAAGCUCUGCUGAAAUCUCAGUUGCCCUCGUUGAUGUGCAUUUAUUUAUUCCUUCAACAAGUAUUUUUGAGUGUCUACUAUGUAUGAUGCACUGAGGUUCAGUGACAGAUGAAACAGACAAGGACUGUGCUCCUUGACCCAACAGUCUGGUGAGGGAGAGAGGCAACAGACACAGAAUUUAAACAGGUAUUUUCACAUAGCAGGUAAGGGUUGAACAAAAUGAAACAAGGUAAUGGGCUAGAAAGGGAUGGGGGUGGGGUUGGGUGCUGUUUCAGACAACUUGGUCCAGGAGGGCUUCCCUGAGGAGGUGACAUUUAGCCUGAGGGCUAGAGAAUGAGAAGGUGGCUGCACCUGAGAUCUGGACGAAGAGCAUUCCAGGGAGAGGGAGCAGCCAAGGCCCUGAGGCGAGGACAAGCGUGCUGUAUUCCAGGAACAGUGAAAGGACACACGUUUACCUAAGGACUCAAAGCCGCUGUCCCAGGGACAAGCAAGAGGACCCCGCCUCCUGAACGGCUCCUUGAGCCUCUGCCGACUGGCCGCCAGAGGGCAGCAGUGCUCUUUCUCUUCCAGGCGGAGCCGAAAGGAGCCGCUCCGUGAACCUAAGCCGCUGCGCUUUCUUGCCCUGAUGCUCAAAGCUUGGUCGCCGGCUCCGGGCACGUUCAGCGCUUCCAGAUCUGAGAGGCAGGAGAAUCCCCAUUUCUUAAGCCUAGUAAGAAACGGGCGAAAACUGCAACAUCAGUGAUUCAGGCAAGGAAUCCUUACCGGUGACAGAUACUAGAACGAGGGGCCCGGAGAGCUCGUGGAUUCUCUGGCCCUGCGGACUCGGAGGCGGUCAUCUUUUUCUUCUGGCUACAGAUAGCACAGACAGGGCCCCGCCUGAAGGGGGCGGACAAGAUCACCUCCAGGGUCCUCCGGCCACGCGCAUGCUCACCACAGAAGCCGCCUGUCCACGCAGAAGUGCCCCUCCCUGGGCUUCAGGCGGGCCUGGGAUGUCAGCCUCUGACUCCCAAGUGUCGACUGUCUACUGACUGUGCAGAUGCCCUCGAGGGAGGGGAAUGGGGGGUUAGCAAGGGAGUUUGGGGAGCCCCUUCUGUGGAAUAGAACAGGCUCGUCCUGGGUGGCAGCAUGGCCCUGGCAGGGGAGCAGGUGGCCCGGAGCACACUUCUGUCUCUGUGCUCCGUGGGGGUGUCAUUCUGCACGUCCCGCGGGCUCUCCUGGGAGUCAUGGGACUGUGGACUGGACGUAUGGAGUAUGGAUGUGUACGCAGCAGCUUGUACACUGUAAUGGGCAUACAGAUCGUUUCUAAAUGUGUGCAACAAGUGAUAAGUAUGUCCUUCUUUGUUUUUAUCCUUUAUGGUACUUCCUUAUUAAAUUAAAAAAAAAAAAAGAAACAAACAUGUCUCCAUAGUUCAAAAUUCAAAAGAUACU